GUUCGAUACGAGAAGGCAGGGAGCCAGUCUUCAAGAUGAAGCUCUCCCUGGUUUUCGAGUUGCUUCUAAUAUUCAUACUCUUGGCUUUUGCCGCAUCGAAGAGUGUCAGAAAAGAAAAGAACAAUGUGAAGAAAGGUAUACAGAACAGGAAUGAUGACGACAAAGUUGACGAGAACAGCAUAAACAAGUACUGCAAAUGUGUGGAGGCUUACUGCAACUGCUGCCGUGAGUUCCGACUGCCAGUAGUCGAACUAAAUGGACCAGGAUGUGCCUCCUUGAUGUACCUCAACGGUGACAAAAUGUCCGUUUCGUUGAGUUUUGGAAAGAAGGUCAUCACAAACCGGACACUGUCCAGCCGUAAACCUAGCCCCGUUUGUAUGCCGCUACCGGGUGGAUUAUCUAAAUUUUGUGGACGAGUUUACAACAUUGCUAGAGCUGGGGAAGAAUUCAGAGCUUGCCUUGGCUUAGAACUUCAAUCGAAAAGCACAGUGGAGGCUGCUGUUCGAGUGUCCUGCUUCAAGUUUGGCCCGAGGGGCGUGACCUCGGAACCGGCUGAUCCACUGCCAUUAGUCCCUCAGGAUGAAAAGGCUGAGGACGAUGACGAUGAUGAUUACGAAGAUGAUGAUACAUUUGGAUUAGGUGCUGAUGAAGAUGAUGACGAUGACGACGACGACGAUGACGAUGAUGACGGUACACUCGAUGCCGUCAACGAUGUAGACAGUGCAGAUUACACAGGUUUCAGUCUUCUCGGUGAAGAUAUUCUAGGAGAUCUGUUUGGAUCAACAGGUGGUAAAAAAUCGAACAAAAAUAAGAAAAAGCAAGCACCUGCCCCGUCUACCACUACGACCACUACCACGAGGCGCCCCCGUCCUUCGAGACGACCUUCCAGAAGACCUGGUACGAAAUCUACAACACCACGGCCUAGACGCACUACGACUGUGAAAACUAGACCUUCUGCUGGAAACAAGCGUCCGACUCGCAGACCGAACAGAAGACCAACGAGAAGGCCAACUACUGAAAGUAUUUCAACGUCAAUUUUGACAACUACCACCACCGUGAGCCCCGCGCCUAGUUCAAUUUCUACUUCUCAAGUAACGGAAAGGAUUCCUAUAAUGACCACCAUUCAAGAGCAGUCCCAAUCCCCAGUCUCUGCCUUUGCCGAAAACCCAACACCAGCCAUAGUAGCUGUCACCACAGCUAAAAGUGUGACCGACUUUGAAGACCCCGGACUAGAAAUGUCUUUAGCUCACAUUACUGGGCAAUUAUCUGCAAUGCCUGUAACACCCAUGAUUUCAAAUGACGGCAAAGUUUCCAGUGUUAUGGAUAAAGAAGAAGAAUCAGACAACUACGAGAAAAUAAUGACUAUUACCCCAAAAACACCAUCAACCAUAUCAUUUGUACCAACCUCCGAAGAAACCGUAAAUGAAGAUAUGAUUCAAAUAGUGCAAAGUCUGGACUCUGCUGAAAGGGAACCGAUUUCUGGAGAUGAAAGUAGAGCUCACAUGUAUCAGUUUGGUUCUCCAGUCCCAGACAGUUACUAUGAAGGUCUAAGUCUACCAAAGAAGAAGAAUAGAAACAAGCAAUUUAACUUCCGUGAUUUAGACGUGCUUAAUUUGAGCCAAAUUGGUGAAACUUUGGGAGACGAACUGGGAAUAUUUGGUAAAAAUAAGAGGCAACACAGAGACAACAAGGAUACAAAAGUUCAGGGUCAAAAAGAACAAAGCGAUGAGUAUGAUGACUUUGUUGACACGAUAAGUGAUAUGGCGCUCAUGAUGAGGAAAGACAGCAAUAAAAACCAAAAAAAUAAAAAGGACAGAAGAAGACAGAACAAAAUGAUGCGCGAGUGGUCACAAGAUACAGAAUAUGACGAAGAAUCUGAAGACGAUGAUAAUGAAAUCGAGGAAGAAAUAGAAAAUGAUGUUCCGGCAGUGGUUGAUACUGUUGUUCAGGCUGACAAUGCUACUCAAGUGUUACAAGAUCCCGUACCAGUAGCCACUACUGCUGCACCAGUUGCACAAAAUCCAGUCGUACAAGACGAAGUUGUGACUCAAGCACCUGCGCAAGGCGUUCCCGGUCAAGUCUCGAGGUUCCCUUGUACAUGUCGAAACAGACAAUGUGGAUGUUGUACAGGCGCCAUUAUGGACAGAUUUAGAAUGAAAGCGUGUGGAAAUAUAACCUUUGUGCCAGAAGACUUUGUAUUCGACGUGAGGAUGACCAUCAACAAUAACACUGUUGUGCGUCGAAGAGUUUCAGCCAGCGACCCACCGCCUAUUUGCUUCAAUCCUCGACGAGCACCAUUUGUUCGAGUAUGCAUCGAAAUAUCAAACAUUCAAAUAAGGAACAGGAAUGCCCAUGCGUGCUUGGAUAUCAAUGCAGAUAUUGGAGGCUUCCCAGUAUAUUCUGCGUCCUUCAGAUGUUUUAGAAUGGGAGCAUCCGGGAUCCAAACUGGAUUAAAACCUAGACCAGUUUCGUCAGGACCAAAACCAGUCAGUCUAUUUGGCAAUAGUAAUAACGAUGAUGAUGGUGGGAGCUUCUUAGAAAACGCUGCUGGCAAUGUGUUUGGAGGUGACGGCUUAUUCGGGGGCGGCGGCUCCAGCGACGCCGGUCCUUUUGACGGCCUCGGAGACGCGUUCGGAGACUUGUUCGAUGGCGAUUCGUAACCUAUUGUGAUUAUAAAUUUACAUACCAG